CCACGUCUGUCUGUUAGUCACUUCCUGGUGGCUGAUAGCGGACUUGUGAACUGGCCUGGUGUAGCUUUAUUUCCUACUUGAAAACAUGGAGUUUAUUUGGAAUUUGACAUAGCCAGAUCGGAUGCUCUAUGUAUCUUUUAAUUCGUUUGGAUCAUAAUGUGGAAGAAGGAAAACCUGCGGAAAAAUUUUCUGCGUGUAAAGCAGAUAGCGGAUCAGAAUUUAGGAAGGGUUACUUUUCGAGGAGUCAGCCUUGGCAACAAAGUUGAGAAGUCAGAGGUUUUAUCCGAGGAAUUCCAGAGUGUCGAGAAGAGAGUUGAAAAUGUCAAGACUGUCUCGUCCACCAUCGGCAAGAAGCUGUCUUCCACCCUCAAGGCUCAACAAGGAGAUGUGGAGAAGAGACUGAAAAAGUUGCCAGAAACAUCCCUGGGGUACAGUUUGAUAGAGGCAGCUGGUAUUCUGGGUACAGAGACACUUCUGGGCUUGGUCUGUCAAAUCUGUGGUGAGUGCCAGAGCAAGUUAGCCCGGGAACAACUGCAGUAUGAGAUCAACGUGGAGAGGGAGGUGCUCACACCCCUACUGGGUGUACAGGAGGCGGAUAUCCCUGCCAUUAACAAGGUGCGAAAACAGCUGACCAAGUCGACGCUGGAUAUGGACUCAGCCAAAAACAGGCUGAACGCUGCUGUGCGGCAGUCUCACGUCCCAGGGACAAACAUCUCGUCAGCAGCAGCAAAGGCAGACACGAUAAAGGAUGAGUACGAAGAUGCCAUGAACAAAGUGGAGCAGGUUAAGGAUUGUCUUGCUAUUGAGUUGUCCAACUUUGUUGCCAAGGAAACUGACCACAGUACAAGGCUGCUAGAACUUUUACAAUCACAAGCAGAGUAUCAUAAAAAGGCCCUGGAAUACAUUGAAGAAGUCAUACCCAGAAUGAAAACAUCAAUAGAUAACUACCCCAACAAGCCAGUGUAUGGAACGUCUCUGGUGGAGCACCUGCGUGUGACAGGGAGAGACAUUGCUCUUGUGUUCGAGGCCUGUAUUGUCACGCUUCUGGAGACAGGCAUGGAGGAGGAGGGCUUAUUUAGAAUAGCAGGUGCUGCAAUUAAGCUUAAAAAAUUAAAGGCUGUGUUUGAUGCACAUCUCAUUGACAUGGAGGAGUUUGUUACAGAACCACACGUCAUAGCAGGAGCCUUGAAGCAGUACAUGCGUGAACUUCCAGAACCACUUCUCACCUACUCUCUGUACACAGACUUCAUGCAGGCAGCAACAUUGCCACAUGACCAAAGAUUACAAGCUCUCUGGACUGUGGUGUCGAAAAUGCCAAAGCCGAAUUAUGACAACUUUAGAUAUUUGGUGAAGUUUCUGGCCAAGUUGGCAGAGAAGAGUGAUGUAAACAAGAUGACCCCUAGCAACAUUGCAAUUGUGAUAGGCCCCAACCUCUUGUGGUCAGAGGGGGAGAGUGCCCCCAACAUGCUGACAACCGGGACGCUGAGUUCUAUAAUAGAGGCGUUUGUGAUGCAUGCCGACUACUUCUUCCCUGGAGAUCUUGACUUUCAUUUGACCAGUCGCGGGAGCCAGCCAUCGCAUUUGAAACUGCAAAGUGGAAUUGAUGUAGGUGCUUUCCCUAAACUGAACGUUGUAGCACCAGCGUGUGUUUCUCACAGUGAGGCCAUGACCUCUACCAUUGUGGCCAACCAUUCGGAAUGCAAGACACUUCUCCAGCUGACUGAAACAUGUGGCCAAAUGGCACAGGACAAGUCAGAGAGUGCUCGGCCUAGUGUGGAGGGUGAUGGCGCCAACGUGGCUGCCAGGCUUAGCCAAGGUGACAGGACUCUUGCAUCUAAAGGUCGCAUUAACAGCUCGUCUACACUCACCACUACUAACCCCCUUCUAGGCUCUAACCAGUCUGAUGUACUGUACAACGCACGUUCGAGCUCUGUUCCACCUACGCCUGUGACUAAGAGCUUUCAUUCAGACGUAUACAGCACUGUGUUUGCACUCCAGUCUCUUGGCGACGGAGCAUGGAAUGAUUAUCUUACUAAAGUGCGUGCAAUGUGGGAUGGGCAGUAUACACAGCAUCCAGCAUCCCCUCGACCGACUGACCUUGCAGGAGCCAGCAGUGGGGUCGCAGGAGGUCAACCAAGCCACAGAGGUCAAGAACUAGACUUUACCAAUACGGGAGGUCUUCCUCUACAAGCGACCAGUCCCCAGCAACGAUUUGGCAAUGCAGUAGCUCCCUCUGCUGGUCCUCCCUCCCCAGGUGGUCAAGGGGAGACAAUCCAGCUACUCCCAUCACCUACUACAGCUCCUCAGGGGUCAUCUCUAUUAGGGGGAUCGUCCCCCCAGGGCGGGGGUAAUGGAAGCAACGCGAGCUCUACCAGUAGUCUGACGGCCACCUCUGCCGAGAGCCCGGAACUCGGAUCCAGCCCCAAGGUUCAACGUCGAGUCAGCCGGAAGCCAGCCCCGCCCCCUCCAUACGCCGUGGCAGUGACGGCCACAUACAACAAUCGCAACAGUCAGUCACAGACACAGUCACAAACAUGGCCUAGAAAUGCCCCCUUGGCCUCACCCGAAUCACCUUCAGAGUCAGACAAAGAAGACAAUGAAAGAGUCAGACCCUGUCCCCCAGAGAAACCCCCACCCCCUCAUCAGCUCCACCCCCACCCUGAACGUCCCACAGGACCACCCCCAGACCGGCCAGCAGGACCCCCUCCAGAGAGACCCAAAGCUCCACCUCCAGUUGUCCCCCCUGGCCACCAGAGGUCAGCAUCAACUGGCGCCAUGUUUACAGUAGUUGGUAUGCCAGGAGCAGCCAAUGGACAAGGGACAGGUACAUUGUUUUCAUCUCAGGAAAGCCUAGAGAAGGAUUCAGGGUCGACACUAACUGAGCAGGGCAUCACCCCGCUUCUUUCACCUUCGUCUGAUAAGCAUGCUACUUCCAACAGCCAUAUCAAGUCGGGCUCCUCGCAAAAUAUGAGAGUUACACGCCCCACUCCUCCUCCUCCUCCCCCGCCAAUCAACAAGGCUACUGAGGAAACACAUCUGUGAUUGGCCAGUGACUAACUAUUUGCUAUUUUACCUCUGUUAUUUGCAUGCUAAUUGGGUAAAUGUCUAUCUGCUACGGCGGGCUAUUUGUGAUCAGAACAACUUACACGUCCCUCAUCUCUCUCUCUCUAUCUCUCUAUCUCUCUAUCUCUCUAUCUCUCUUGAGUUCUACUUAACAUUUCAGUGUAUGUGUGAACGAUGUCACAAUGAUCACAAUCACUAGUGCUAGCUAAAACUACGCAAUUUCUUAGUUUCUUGAUGCCCCAAUCCUUUUAUCUCCAUAAUGCAGCUUGGCAGCUUAAUGUCAGUGUAUGGAGAUAAAAUCCAUGUCUGAAAUAUUUAAUGUGACAUCUCUUACACAGACUACUGAAAGGUUUCUAGCAUUGCUUAAGCAGCUUUCCAAAACCAGCAUUUACAGGUAUCAAAUUGUAGUUAACAUACCUCAUGCGGUACAACAGCCAAACAUCACUGUUCCAACUACAUGUAAUAUAUUAUCAACAUCAGUAGAGACCAAGGUAUAAGCUGUGGAUAUGUUCAUUAGUCUUUCUCGUUGCUCAUGACUUAUGAUACUUGAUGUUAUAAUUGUUAUCUCUGUGUUGUAAGUGUAGUUCAUUACUGUACAAUAUGCCUGGGACUUUGCUGUUUAUGGUGUGCAAUUUUAAAAUGAACAAUCUUUUCGUGAUAUUUUUAUAUAUGAUUUGUAUAUUUUUGCGUAAGAUUCGUGUAGUUUGUCAGUAUUACAUUGUGAGAAGUUUCUGUUAUCAAGACACCUUGCUGAGUUGGCAUUGCCACAGAACCUAAACAAGGUUGAAUCCUGAGUUUGGGUUCAGACUUAUUAUUAAGAUCUAUUAUAAGGAUAUCGGUGCUUUAUUAAAGGCUUGGACAGUUCUUGCCUGGUAAUGGGAUGGAAUAACAAACACCUGUAUACAAUGCAUUUCAUGGUGCUAUCAUGCAAGCAAUGGGUAUUCAUAACAUCAACACAAGUUCAGUCUGCACAUAAAUGGUACAUGCGUGUGAUACAUGGAUUUUAUCGAAAGUUUUGUUUUCUUUUGUCCAGAAGAAACUCCCCAGGACUAGUGUUGACUGGUAGGCAUGCAAGGUUGUGUCAGUAUACAGAUAUAUAAUCACAUCUAUGUAUACAUAUGUAUCAUACACUAGCAUUGUAAAUAGCUUGUGUAUACUGCUCCAGCAGAGCUUACUGUAGACUUUAUAGAACUCAUAUUGUAAAUAUUUCCGCACAAACAAUGUACAAACAGCUUUUACCUCGUAGCUUUAUGUUCAACAGCACAACUACAGCUAACUUCACAGUGUAGUGUGAUAUGGACUAUCACCCUGACACUCUGUGUCAGUACCAUAAUCUAAAUCUGACAGUGUGCUGGACAUUAUGUGCACAUGCAAAAAUCACUAUGGUGAUCAGGGCCUUGUUUCACAAACGAUCUUAGCCCUAUGACUCUGAACUCCUAUACUUUAACAUAGACUUUACAAUUUAUAGAGCUGAGAUUGUUACAUGAAACGGCCCAGAUGGCAGGUGCCAUGUUUAGGUUGAGAUAUGGUAAAAAGCUUAUGCACAUCAGUGUUGUCAGUACACUCUGCUGUUAGCCUUGUGAUGAUGAUGAUCAGUAGGAUGAUAGCCAUGAACUAGUACUGAUGUUUUCAGGUUCUGUCAGUGUGAGCUGUGGACUAAAUAUUGAACAUGGUUCAGUCAGACACUGAUACCCCAUCAUCUUAGGUCUCACCAUCCUAAAUAUCAUCAGAAGUAAAGAUGCAAUUAAAGACAGAUUCUAGUAUAUGUCAAACAAUAAAAUUUAGUGCAAUAUUGUGAAGAAUUCAUGCGAUGGAACCCCAAUGGUUCUGGUGGUCUUCGGACCAGUGAAAUAGGGGAGUUUGCAUCAGUGUCACUUUAUUAACAAUGUUACUUAUUAAUAACACAUGAUUUGUGCAGCCGUCCUUCCAGUGAUGCUUCACUUAUUAUAUAGAUGCAAUAUCUAGUCUACGCAUCCUAGCAGCAAAUCACAAGCUCACAUGUUGGCUGAAGUAACAAACACCUUGGAGACAGCAAAAUAUACUUGCAGAUUAUUCAUGGUUGCUGAUCCAACCAUUACACUCUUUGCUUUCAUGGAUGACUUGAAAACCGAAUGAAACCUGUGGAUAACCUGUUACAUAUUGUGUGCUGUGUGGGUCAUGAGUGGAAUUAAAUAUUAGAGUUAGCUUGUGUGGUGAAACUGCAGCCAUGCCACUUCAGUUUGAACAUCUGGAUGUUGAGAUACAUAUUGUAUGGUAUAGCAACAUAGUGGGGUUUGUUUUACCUCAAACAAGUACGUUUAGGAAACAAACAAUGAACAUGAGCAUUGGAUGUACAACUGUUCAGUCUAUGACUGCCAAACUCUUAUUUCUUGUUGUUUUCAUCAUUUUGAUGAUAAUAUAGUUUGGUAUUUUAUAAUGAAUAUUGUCAGUACAAGUUCCAGUUUCAGUGGAAAGAAAAGGAUAAUUAUUUAAUGGUUACUCUUUCCUAAAAUGACAAAUAAUUGUGUACAUGUAUCUAAUAUAAUUACUAAAAUGGUUAAGGUACUUGAGUAAUAAUUUAAUUGCUUUCACUAACUCAAAGUGAGGUUGUCUCUCCCUUGAAAUUACUUGUGCAGUUACUGACAAAGUUUGAUAAAAAGGGGUACAAAUCCCUGUUGUUAGCUUUCUUCAGCAAAGUAUCCCCAAACAGUUAAAUACCCGUUCUGCAAUGUAGCUGGAAAUUAAGAAUAUGGAACUGUUAGAGUAGUUUGGAACAGUGUCUUUCGAUUAUGCUGUUGGGCAAGCGCUAUAGGAGACUUGCAUAAUUUUAUGAACAGAAUCUGUUCCAGACAAGUGUAUGAUUUCUCUUGACAUGGGGAAGAAUCCAUGACAAGAAAAAGUAAGUUCAGGGGAGACAAACUUGUAUCUUACUGCCUCAAAGUUACAUUUGUACGAGAACAUUUUGUGACUGAGAACAUUCUGUUUUAGAUUUGCAUUUGACAAACUCUUUCCACAAAAUGUGAAAGCCUUGAUUCCAAAUACAGAGCACAUUGACUUGUUAUUAUCAGUUGUUUACUAAAUCUCCUUGAGCUGUUUGAUGAGCUGCUGUUGACCAGCUCCUCCUUGUUUUAGUUGCUAAUCUGUAUGUGUUUAUUCAGGGGUAGAUGAGUGAGUGAGUUACUGUCACACAAUGUUCUCAUAAAGUUAAUAUAUGCAUGGCAGCAUGAGACUUUGUCAGAUAUCUAUUUCAUAAUUUAAUUUAUCUCACUAAACUUGGACUCGCUUGUCCUAUUCUGUGUUACUUGUGUUUCUGAGAGCGAUGUUGUGUGAGGCCUUUGUGUUACAUAUGCUUCUCUCACUGUGUGAUACGUACCAUGUGAUAAUGUGUUUUAUAUCUGCUUGUACAUUUUGUCUGUUGUGGUCUGUCUGGUUGUGACUUGCCUACUGAAUCUAUUUUGGUACUAACGAAAAAGAUUGUUCAUUGAUAUUGACAUGGAAGAACAUUGCAAUGUCAUAUAUUCGGAUCCAAGAGUCCGUUCAUGUAUUUUCAAAACUUGAAGUAUUUUCUAAGGAAAUAAUCGUAUACUUAUUCAAAAUAGCAACUACAUAUCAAUAAUAAAAUUUUACACCAGUUAUUUAUGUUGCAUAUGUAGGAUCCGCUGCAUGUGUACUUGUUGUAGUAGACUUGUGCAUGCCAACAGCUAGUGCAAGGUAUAGGCAGCCCAUCAAGGUAUACAGCAGGGCUAUGUCAUGUCAAUGCAUGUCAUCUCAUGCCAUCUAGUCAUGACAAUAGACAGAGCAAACAUGCUGCACAAUGAUCAACAGGCUUUUUGAGAUAAUGUGGUACACAAAAUAAAUGGAAAUUUAAAGUUUCGACUUUUGAAAAUGUUUGCUCUUCUGUUAAGUAGUUCAUCACAGACAUUAGAUUUUGCCUGAUGUGAAUCAAUUUUUAGAAAGUGAGAUUUUAUUUCAUUUCACAAAAAAAGUACUGCAAAGACUUAUUUUAAAACAACAAAAUGCUUAAUUUUGGUGAAGGUUAUUGGUUACUGGAUGUUUUUAAAGCAAAUUCCUCAUGGAAUAGCUGCAAUUUUGCCUUUUGUACUUUCAUCCCUGGGUAAGGCUUACAAUGCAAUACCUUGAUAAAGCACUUAGUAUCAAAGGGGUGGUGGGGUAGCCUAGUGGUUUAAGCAUUCGCUCACCACGCUGUUCGAUUCCAAUUUCUGGUGUCCCCCGUCAUGAUAUUGCUGGAAUAUUGCUAAAAGUGGCGUAAAACCAUACUCAGUCAAUCCAUUGGGGUCAAUCAAUCCCUUGGGGCCAAGCAAUCCCUUGGGGUCUAUCAAUCACUUGGGGUCAAUCAAUCCCUUGGGGUCAAUCAAUCACUUGGGCUUUCUCACUUUUUAUAACCUUGGUUGUGAGCCUUUUUGCCCAGGAGAUAAAUUUGAAGCCAAAUAUGCUCAUUUUGACUAAGAAAAAAAGGAAGCUGUUUUAAUUAACAGAUAAUCAAUUUAUUGGUUGUUUAUUGAUGUUCCCUAGCAUUGCAUAAAGUAGCUACUUUGGACUCUUCUUUUUAAAGAAAUUAAUAUUUGUACAAAGCUAGUGUCUGUGAUGAUAUAAUCACUCACAUACUCAUGUUCUUAUCAUUCCAUCAAGAGCAUCUCAAGUCAACAUGUUGACCAGUGCAUAUUUUAUCAUUAUUUUUAAACAUAUUCAAAUCAUUUAGAUGGAUGGGGGUUCUCCGUUUAGUACUUCUGUCAUUUUAUUACGCAAGGAUUUGAUUUUAUGAUAAUAAGUCGGCACUCAUCAGUAUGACUUGAGAGACUCCAGUGGUUUAGUACUGUCCCCCAUAACCGAUGGUAAUCCUGCUCGUUGUAUUGUCAUUUCAGGCAAGAGAAAUCAUGACCGCGGCACUUUAGUCUAACAGUCCCUAGGGUUUGUAUCUCAGCUGCUGGGGGAAACAAGGGGCAUGGGACAUUGUGCUCUUUGUUUACCUCUUGAAACAGAAAGAAUUAAAUCUUGCGUCUUUUCUUAACACUAUGCCAUGUUUUAACUAUGUCUGUGACUGUAGUUUGUGAAUUUUGAAAGAAGUGAUGAACCACCUGUUGGGAGGACAUCCAAUGAAAGAUUGUUCUCAGUGCUACGUAACAUAUUUGAUGAGGAUGUGUGCCAAAAUAUCUCUUCGUAUACACUUUUUGCUGAAUUUUGUCGUCACACAAUUGAUUUUAACUAUAAAAAGUUCACAUGCCAGUAGAUUCAUAACAUUUUUUAUGUUCUAUUUUCCUGUGUUUUUAUUGUAUCAGCAUUCAUCACAUCACUCUCUUAUUUUACCACCAUUCAUCACCAUUUCUGUCAUAAUGUUAGUCCAAAGAAAACUAAGCGAAAUACAAGGUGUGAUAACGACUCUUUUUAGGCCACAAGAAUGGCUAAAAAAAAUUGUCAGAAAAGAAAUUGUAAGUGUUCCAAAAAUGUCAAAUUAGUUACAUAUUUCAUGCUGAACUUUUUAAUUUAAGACAAAGUAUCAUUUCUGUAGCAAGCUUUAUCAAAGAACAAACUAUGAAGUCAACUAAGUCUUGUUCUUUGUUUAGAAUACUUCAUCUUCGUUGCAUCAAUGGUGAGGUUAAUGUUAACAUCAUUAUCAUCUUUAUUUACAAGUUCCUGGACUCACAAAAUAUGAAAUAUUGUAAUUGUAAUCAUUUGUUCAGAAUAAAAGAUUCAAGAUACAUGAGGUCCACAGACUAACCAUGUGACACUUUCUAAGAUUCUCCCAACUUUGUACAAACUAGUCAAUCUGCCGCAUAUGAAUAGCCAUGUAUAUUUCCCAUACCACAUUGUGUAAUUGUAUUAUUAGUUAUUGGCUCAACUUGUUGACGACAGCUGGGUUAUUGUUAGUGGCCUGGCGUCAGUCCUUCCCUCCAUCAACAGUUAUGUACUUCACAUCUCCCAACUAAAACCACUGAACCAAUGAAACUGAACCUUGCAUGGACGUUCUUACUAAUUGUGUCAAAGGAUUGCUCAAUUGUUCUGUAUUUCGUUAUUGGUUUACACUAGGCAUAUUAAAGCUGCAUUUUGGACCAUUACUUUGCAAUCAUUGCAUGGAUUAUCCUGCCAAUAAUCUCACUAAGAAUUUUUUAGCUAUCUUUGUAAAAUAUGUAAUCUGUCGGAAUAUUAUGCUUUAAUUCUUAUUCAACAUUUGCACAAUGAUAUUUCAUAGGUGAUUAUUUUAUUUAAACUUUAACAUGCAUCAUUUUUCUCAGAUCUUGUAACCCAAUUUGGCUUCUGUGAAAGGCCAUGCAACUCUGUUUAGCUUUGACUACCAUUUCCAUGUGCAGUGUAGUAAACCUCAUUCUGGAUUCAGUAACUUGGGUUACUAUAAGUUUGUAAGUUAUGUGGAGGGCAGCUUCUGAAAACUUAAUAGCCGAAUUAUUGUUGAUGAGUUUAAAAAAUGUUAAACAAAAUCCUUAAAGAACAUUUGGGAAGAAAUAUAUGUUUGAAUGUGAGAACAGUCUUUAACUUUGCGAGUGGUCAAGAACCCCAGUUGAGUACAUUACCAACAGAAGUCUGCCACACAGCCAUCAUGUUGUACACUUUGAUAGCUUUUGAAGAUUUUCCAGAUGUAAAUGAUUCGUGACUAAACAAUAGUUCUCAGUGUGUGUGAAGAUAUAUUUGACAGAAGAUGGAGGGGGUGUGAAACAUAUCACCUUGUCUCAGUCCAGUCCUUAUGAUCCUGUUGUUGCAAAUUUAUGUGAUCCAUGAAACUGUGUAUAAAAUCAUAACCAAUUUUCGCUAAUUUUAUUCAACACAAACUUCACCUUCUUGUCACAUGAGGUUGUCCAUUUUGAUAGAUGUGUUGAGGUGUUGCUGUAGAGAUCUCAGAGUACUGCAAGCGGGUGUUGUCGAUGUCCUUGCUGCGAGACUGAGAGCUGUUGCUGUUGCUUGUACACGUUUUGUUUGUAUAUAUGACUGUAUGUGUUGAGUCUGGUCACUUUCAUCUGGGCCUUUAGAUUAUACCCAGGUUCAUGCUGGACAAGGGAAUUCCAGCUGUACAGGUUACUCCACAUUAGCCAUGCUGUCUUGACGAUACAUUCAGAGGAUCAUAAUGAGGCAUCUCCAUUGUGUGCACAGUGUCACUGAUUGCAUAACAACUCUUACAUUUGUGAGGUGGUCACCCAAGGUCCAGAUGAAAUGUCCACUGUUGGUCCAUGACGGACCUGUUACCUAGCCUAAGCUGGCAUCUCAACACUGAACUGAUUGGACAAAAAUCUUCACAAUAUCUGUAAUAGAUGCAAUGAACAAAUGACAUCUACUAGGGCUGGGACGGGUAACUCGGGUACCCACAGGACUACCCGGACCUGUGGUUAGUCAUGUGAUAUAUUGUUUAAUGACAAAACUUAUGCACCCAUUCCUUCUGACUUUUAAUAUGGUUGAAUAAAGAUAUAACUUAAGUCAAGUUCAGUGUUUGCAUGACCAGAUUGUUUAAUACAUGUGUCUAAAUACGUUUUGCCAGGGGUAUGAUUAAAAAAAUCCCAAUCGGACAUUUUGUACCUAUCUCUUGAGGUUGACAGUGGGUACCCGGGUAGGGUCGGGUAAUAGGGGGGUGGGUUCCCGUGAAGUAUAUUUGGACUCGUCCCAGCCCUACUCUCUACAAUAAUGUCUUGUCAGAAAUGUAUCCCAACUGAAUGACAGUGUGGCCAUGUGGAGUGAUUCAGAUCAGGAUAUGGACCAGUUAUUGAAGCUGUAGGAAUGCUGCCUGUAGACAGUGUUGAGAUGCCAGAAAGAGCUCCUCUGUGUAAUAGCCCCUGCAUAUUAUCAGUGAUCAUAAUGUGUGAUGUGUACGGAUGUACCAUGUAGUACCUCCCCUCCAGCUGAGACCAGCUUGUGUACUUAUUAUAUGUGACACAGUGUCUGAUGUAUAAUUCAUUCAUCAUAGGACAGCUUGUACAGAUCUUUGCUUAAUAUAAAAAAUACAUUUAUUAAAAUCAUCAUGCUCUCGUAAAA